ACGCGGAACUUCAGCAGAACUUUACAAAACAUCGACGUCUUCGUUGAUCGUCACAUUGGACCUAGCGAUCGCGAGAGGUCAGAGAUGUUGGAUACGCUGAAGUUAAAAAAUCUAGACGAGCUGAUCAACAGGACCAUCCCUCGUGAUAUUCUCUUCAAAUUGGAAAUGAAACUCGAUGAACCUUUAAGCGAGAAGGAAAUGCUGAAGAGAGCGUUGGAGAUAUCCCAAAAGAACGAUAUUUGGCGGACUUACAUAGGAAUGGGAUUUUACAACUGCCACGUUCCUCCCGUAAUCCAACGGAAUCUGUUUGAAAAUCCUGGAUGGUACACCCAGUACACCCCGUACCAGGCGGAGGUAUCUCAGGGCCGGCUUGAAAGUUUGGUGAACUUCCAGACGAUGAUCUGCGACAUGACUGGCAUGGAAAUUUCGAAUGCUUCCCUGUUGGACGAAGGGACUGCUUGCGCUGAAGCUCUGUCUCUCUGUAACAGGUUGAACAAGAGGAAGAAAUUUCUCGUGGACUGCAGGUGCCAUCCACAGAACAUUGCCGUUGUUCGGACCAGAGCAGAGUACGAAGCUCUCGGGUUAGAGAUAUCAGUAACAGAUAGGGAUGAGAUGAAUUUGAAGGAUACGUCCAUAAGUGGGAUAUUGCUGCAGUAUCCGGAUAGCCAAGGAUACAUUUAUGACUUAUCUCAACUGGUUCAGAAAGCUCAUGCUAACAAGUCUCUAGUAAUCGUGGCCACGGAUCUUUUGGCCUUGACCUUGCUGAAACCCCCGGGUGAAUGUGGUGUGGACAUCGCGGUGGGCACCAGUCAAAGAUUUGGGGUCCCCCUCGGGUUUGGUGGGCCGCACGCCGCAUUUUUUGCUACCAGGGAAGAAUACAAAAGAGUCAUUCCUGGUCGCAUAGUUGGCAUCAGCAGAGACGCCCAGGGCAGCCAGAGUUACAGGCUGGCCCUUCAGACCAGGGAACAGCAUAUCAGAAGGGACAAAGCUACCAGCAACAUAUGCACUGCGCAAGCAUUGCUGGCAAACAUGUCCGCAAUGUACGCUGUUUUCCAUGGCCCGGAGAGGUUGAGAGGGAUCGGAAAAAGGGUAAAUCAAGCUACUACAUUGCUUGCUCGAGGAUUAGAAGAUGCCGGUCACAGAAUCCUCAACAGCCCUCUCUUUUUUGACACUCUCACCGUCAAAUUAUCCGGAGAGAGAGAGAUAGAGGAGAUAAGAAAGAGAGCGAAUGAUAAAAAGAUAAAUUUAAGAUACUAUGACGGUGAAGACAAUGAUACAAAGGUCGGCCUGUCAUUGGACGAGACGACAACCGAUGAUGACGUCAACGAUCUUUUGUUCAUUUUUGGAAGUAGGAAAAAAAUUGUUAGUCUAAGUCAAACUUCGCCCCAAAAUGAUUUCAGCCUAUCGAAUUCGAAGCUUAAGAGGACUAGCCAAUAUCUGACUCAUCCUGUAUUUAACAGUUACCAUUCAGAAACGCGCAUGAUGCGGUAUUUGAAAGAGCUGGAGAACAGAGAUAUCUCCCUCACUCACUCCAUGAUCUCUCUCGGCUCCUGCACUAUGAAACUCAACAGUGCCUCGGAGAUGAUGCCAUGCUCCAUGGAGGGCUUCAGCAGCAUCCACCCCUUUGUUCCCCCUACACAAACCCUGGGUUACAAACAACUGUUCGGUGAGCUAGAUAGGGAUUUGUGCGAACUCACGGGGUUCCACAAAUUUUCAUUUCAGUCAAAUAGCGGAGCUCAAGGCGAAUACUCUGGGCUGAUGACAAUUAUGGCUUAUUUGAAGUCAAUCGAUCAAUCACAUAGAUCAGUCUGCCUAAUUCCGGAAUCAGCUCACGGGACGAAUCCGGCCAGUGCCCACCUGACUGGGAUGAAGAUUGAAGUCCUGAGAGUCUUGAAGAAUGGUGACGUGGAUUUGUCCGAUCUGUCCAAUAAGGUGGAAAAAAAUAAAGAUCGAUUAGCAGCGCUGAUGAUCACAUAUCCUUCUACUCAUGGCGUCUUUGAUGAUAGCAUCAGGGAGAUAUGCGAGAUUAUCCAUCAUAACGGAGGGCAGGUAUAUUUAGACGGGGCUAACCUCAAUGCACAGGUAGGCCUGUGCAGGCCAGCGGACUACGGGGCUGAUGUGGCCCACGUAAACCUCCACAAGACAUUCUGCAUUCCUCAUGGGGGCGGAGGGCCCGGAAUGGGCCCCAUCGGAGUAAAGAAACACUUAGUCCCAUUCCUGCCCUGCCAUCCGGUGGUACAAAUUGACGACACGGAUCGUUCCAUUUCUUUCGGCAGUGUAGGUUCCACCCCUUACGGAUCCAGUCUCAUCCUCCCGAUAUCCUGGGCCUACGUCAAGAUGAUGGGCGGGAAAAAUUUAAAGAUGGCGUCGCAGGUGGCCAUCUUGAAUGCGAACUACAUGGUGGCCAGGCUGAAGGGGCAUUACAAAAUUCUCUUCACCAAUAAAAAUGGUUAUUGCGCCCACGAGUUCAUCUUGGACUGCAGAGACUUCAAAAACACAACAGGAAUUGAAGUGGUUGACAUUGCUAAGAGGCUUCAAGAUUACGGUUUCCAUUCUCCAACCAUGUCAUUCCCUGUGUCUGGCUGUUUGAUGAUUGAGCCCACUGAGUCCGAAGAUAAGGAGGAGUUAGAUAAGUUGUGCCAUGCACUGAUCGAAAUCAGAAGAGAGAUAGGAAUGAUUGAGAGAGGAGAGAUGGACAAGACGACAAAUCCACUCAAAAUGUCGCCUCACACUGUUUCAGCAGUGACGUCUGACGCUUGGAGUCGUCCGUACAGCAGAUGGCAGGCCGCUUUUCCUUUGAACUUUGUAAGCCCUACGAAAAAAUUCUGGCCCAGCAUAGGCCGCAUUGAUGACGCAUAUGGCGACCAACACUUCCACUGCCAGUGUCCGCCCAUCUCAGCCUACACCGAAGAGAAAGAGGAAAGUAACAGGAAUUAAUUGGUCUCUACAAAAGGGCCUGGUCCACUAGUGUUGAUGAGUUAAUUUAUGCAAAUGUUAUGCAAAUUUGUUAAUUUAUGCAAAUGUUUGUACAUAGAUGCCAAUGUUCUUGAAAUUUUCGCAAAUGUAAACGAUUUUUUGUUUUGAUCUAUUGCUUUUUAAGAUUCGUUCGUGAUCACGUUCGAUUGUAAAUUAUUAUUUAGUUAAUUGUGAUCCGGACACUGCGGAUCACCGGCCAUGAAUCACGCUUAGUCAGACAGACAGACAAGUAUAAUUAUUAGACAAUCAUAAGCCUCAUUACAUUUUGCUAUUGAUUUUAUGAACUCAACCAAUCAGCAGCCCAAAUGAAUUUUAAUGAAUAUUUGACUCCUAUUCAGUUAAUUAAUUAAAAUUACGAAUGAACGUAGCGAACCUAAGGAUACAUUUUAUAGCAAUAAUUGAAAUGGCAAUAAGAAUAAUAAGUUGAUCAAACUUUUGAAAUGUUUAUUCAACUAAUUAGUAACUUAAUUAUCUUUCUUUCUUUCUUUCUCGUGCCUUAUCCUUUCAGGACAUUGGCGACCAUCGACCUCCACAAAACCCGAUCUUUAACACCUUGUAAGAAUUGAAAUAUAGUGAUACUCAACAAAUGACACAAGGACUUCACGAGUGUUGUUCGAUGUAGACCGCGAUCUCUUUUCCCUGCAAUCUUUCCAGUAGUUGUUAGAUUUUCCAUUUUUUCCUUCCGCAUGAUGUGACCAAAAAACUUUAACUGCUCCCGUCGGAUUAUCAGUAGUAAUUUCCUCUUUUCAAACUUAACUAUAAUUAAACUUAAAAUUAUUAUUAAAUAAUUGUUAAUAUUAUUAACUUAUUAUUUAAUUAUUAUUUAAUUGAUUUUAAUGAAGCAGUAAAUAAACUUAGAUAAACAAACAGAUGAUGGUGAUGCAUGUAAUUCAUUCAUUUAUUCGUUCGUUUAUCCAUUUUAAAAUUAAAAAAUAAUUUUAUCAAUUGCCCUUUGUUCAUUCAUUUAGUGAUAAUAGUAAUAAUGGUAAUAAUAAUAAUGGGAAGAAUAAUAAGAAAACAAUAUCAUUUUCAGUAUAUUUUAAUUAUUAAUUAAUUGAUCAAUUAAUUAAACGAGGGGUGGGCAAACUAUUUUAUGCGACCUUGUUCGCCAAAAAGAAAAAGGAGCCACAAAUCUUGAAAAAAUUCUCCACCGGGUCGAAAAAAUUUGCUAUUCAAGUACAUAUGCGGCCCUUCAAAGGUAAAACAGUUCUCAAUGCGGCCCUUGUAGCAAAAAGUUUGCCCACCCCUGAAUUAAACAAUUCAAAUUCUUCAAUUAAUUGUAGUAAUGUACAAUAUAGCCCAGUAGGUGUAGUUUAUUUAGUUUAUUCAUUCACUCUUAUAUCAGUUAGUAUCAUUUUAGAUCGUGAUAAACAUAUAUAUGUACAUUUAAGUAUGUGUGUGUUGGUAUGUGUGUGUGUUUGUUUUUGUGUGUGUGUGUUGGUAUGUGUGUUGGCAUGCGUGUAUGUGUGUGUACCAGCAAGCACUUAAUUACUAAAUUAUUCAUACAAUAAGUCAAUCAUGAAACAUGAAAAAACCUAUCAUCAUCAUCAUCAUCAUUCACAAUUUUCUAAAAAUAAUAAAACAUAUUAUAAAUAAUAAUAAUUAUAAUUAUUCUAAAUUACAUUAAAUAAUAAAUGUGAAUAAAUCACACCAGAUAAAUAAAUGCAUUUUCACAAAUAAGGCUUUGUAUAAGAUUGAGAGAGGUUACUUCAAUUUCGAAACACGUAUUUUCAACUAUUAUUUUCAUCAUCAUCAUCCUCAUCAUCAUCAUCAAUAACAUCACCAUCAUCAUCACUACAAUCAUCAUUACCAAUAACCCAUAAAGGUUAAACAAUAACCCAUAAAGGUUAAACAACUAUACAAUUUCACAACAAUAAUAAUAACAUCAUAUAAUAAUUACAAAAAACUUUCCCGAAAUCGUUCUAAAAAACGAUUUCUCACCAGGUUCAAAACUAUCAAGCUAAUUAAAUAUGACGUCAUUAAUUACCAUUAUUAUCAUUCUUAUUAUUACAUACGCACAACAUUACACCGGCGAUAUUUAUCAUUUCAGUGACGUCAUAACAUCGCAUCACGUGAAACUACAUCAGAUCAUAAGUAUAAUCACAUCUCUGUUUAGUUUAUACCUACCUUACCUUUGUCUUCACAAAACAAAAUUCUC